CUAUUAAGUUUAUAUUAUUUUAAUCACCGUUUCAGUUGGUCGGCAGUUGUGCGUUCGGUAGGUUCAGUAUAUAAUAUAAUAUAUUGGACAUCGGUUUACCGGGGCCUGCGAACGGUUUAGAUUUUAAAAUUUUAAACCGAUUUUCGCGCGCCAUCACGCGAUUAUUAUUUCGCAUUCCGUCGCGGCCCUGGGUGCAAGCGAUCGAGGACCAAACGACGACAAUUAUAAUAUACCUAUCAUGGACUUGAUCGAAGUGGCACCAGACCACAACGACGCUGCAUUGGAAAUGAAAUGUGACUUGGAAGACGAGCCAGAGAAUAGGGAGCGCGACGACGAUUGUCUGGUAUACGGCGUCAACGGAAAGCCACCGUCGUACCUGACACCGCUGUUGGCCGUACAGAACGUAGUGACCACUUUAUGUUGUUUGAUCUUCGUUUAUAAUAUUUUGGCUCCAAAACUGUGCAUUUUGCCAGAAGACCCGGCACGAGCACACUUGCUGGCCACGGCCGUCAUUAUGGCCGGCAUCGGAACCGUGAUGCAGACAAUUUUGGGUGUCAGGCUUCCGAUCGUGCAGACCAGUGGAUUUGUGUUCCUUUCCUGCACACUUCCCAUAUUGGAUUUGCCGGAAUGGAAGUGUAAUAGCAACAUCGAUCUGUUCACGAUGGGUCCCGAGGCCCGUACGCAGGUAUGGCAUCUCCGUGUUCGGAACAUCCAAGGCGCUAUGAUCAUCGUCGGUAUCAUUCAAAUGUUUUUGGGAUACUCUGGAAUUGUCGGAAAAUCGCUGAAAUACAUCACGCCGCUGACCGUGGUGCCAACCAUGUGCCUCAUAGGGCUGUCGGUCAUCGAAAAAGGAGUGUUUCUCAUGUCGGGAAAUUGGACUACGGCCAUCAUGACGUUAUUUUUACUGACAAUAUUUUCACAAUAUUUGCGAAAAGUUGCCAUUUCCUUGCCAGUAUACUCGUCUAAAGGUGGACUGUUCAUAGUGCGGUUGAAAAUUUUCGCACUGUUUUCGAUAUCACUCAGCGUGGGCAUUAUGUGGAUCGUGUGUAUUUACAUGACUUCCAAAAAUAGUCUAUUACCAACGGACCCGGCGAACACAGAAUCGAAGGCUGGAGUAUUGCGCAACGCACCGAUGUUACGAAUUCCUUACCCUUUUCAAUGGGGUUGGCCGACAGUUAGCUUGACGUCGAUAUUGGCCAUGUUACCCGCGCUAUUCGCCAACAUUGUAGAGUCUGUAGCCAAUUAUUACACGUGUGCGAGAUUUGCCAAUUUGACCAAGCCUCCGCCGAAUGCGGUAAAUCGGGGUAUCGGCAUCCAAGGUAUCAGUACGAUUUUUGCUGGUUUCCUUGGUACAGGUUCCGGCGUUAGUUCAUCCAGUGAAAAUGUGGGAAACAUCGGCAUCACCCGAGUGUGCAGUAGAAACGUGAUUGGACUCGCAGCCUGCAUAAUGAUCGUCGCGUCUAUGUUUACCAAAUUCAUCGCACUGUUAGUGACUUUGCCGGAUCCAGUACUCGGCGCAAUGACGUGUGUGAUACUCGUGCUAAUCGGAGCCGUAGCGCUGUCUAAUCUACAGUUCAUAAAUCUCAACUCGUUAAGGAACAUGUAUAUUCUCGGAUUGUCAAUAUUUUUUGGAUUGGCGAUUCCUAAGUACUUAUCAACGGUACAAGGUAAUACUAUCAACACCAAAUAUGAAACCGUCAACAACGUCCUGAUUGCGUAUCUGUCCUCUGGAAUAUUUAUUGGCGGAUUUAUCGGUUUUAUUUUAGAUAACACUAUUCCAGUCGAUGACGAUGACGCGAUGAACAGUAACGGGUACCACAAUCCCAGCGACGAACUCAAGUUUUCCAACAAAACCGACGACGAACAAGUAUACAAGAUUUCAGAUCACCUCUACGAUAAAAUUAAUUAUUGUUUAACAAUUUUCAUCUAACACACGUAAUAUUAUUACGUUAUAGGUACCUGUGUUUAUCGAUAAAGCCCAAUACAUAUUAUAUACUAUGUAUAAUGUACCUAUAUUCGAUUGACUGAUCACAAUUUUUUAUUUUAACCAUUUCAUACUUACAUUAUUACUGUAUUAUAUGUUUGUGUAUUAAUUUAAUUUUUUUAAUUUUUAUCAUGUUUAUGUAUUAACUAAAUGUAAUAGUAUUGUAAAGUUCGACGACUGCACGCGCUUGAUUCGUUUCAUGACGUGACAGAACUAUCUAUUUCCUGUGUCUAUUUAAAUAUAAUAUUAUAUAUAUGUUUUGA